AUGACUUCAAUGAUUGCGACAAUGCCGUCCACGAUCAACUCUAGCAGUAUAGAACAUCGCCGUAAUGGUUCAGAGGCUGGUCCUCGUGGUUUCACUGCCGUCAACAUACCCUCUCCUCCGAGGAGUCGUGAAAGCAGUGCAGGUAGUCCUGGAGAAUCUCCUAGACAUGGCACUGUAAACCCAGGCCGUAACAGCAACACUUCGCAUCCUUACAUGAACAACCAUGACAUGGCACAGCGCAAGAGACGUCGCUCAGCAUCUCCUACUCAGGACCCUCUUUCGCCGCCCCGUCGCUAUGACUACCAUCCUCCACGAAAGGUAGAUGCGCAGCAGCAGCAGCAACAUCUGGCAGAUCGAGCUUUGCACGUUUUGGACGCGACUAACCAGCACCAAGCCCAUAGCUACUACUCGACUACACCUAGUGGGCAGGAACGUCCAAGCUAUGGUUACGAUAGAGCAUAUAGUGGCAUGAACGGAAAUCAUUCGCCUGCUCCACUUCCCGAGGAUGGACGCAUGUCAGAGGCCUAUUCUAGGGAGCCAAGUGAGCAGCACUAUGCUAGUUCUGCAAACGAUGGUGACCAGGAUAAGCAAGACGAUGGAAAUGAGAGACCCUCACCGAUACAGACUGGUCAGAAGCGGAAGAGGAACUUUAGCAACCGCACCAAAACUGGAUGUACGACCUGUCGCCGACGGAAGAAAAAAUGCGACGAAGCACGACCUCAAUGCAACAACUGCGUCCGUGGCCAGUUCGAAUGUGGUGGGUACCCGACGAAUGCCACACGACCGACCAGUUGGGUGAAACAACCACCUCAGAAACAGCCAAUUCUUCUGCAAUCGAAAGAGAAUGACGAACCGGGCUCGUAUGAUGGCAGUGAGACGCCCAUCUCAGCACAUCCCUCCGGUACAGAUAGCUCCCAUAUGAGGCAACAUUUGGCCAGGGACGGCCAAGAUCAGCCACGUCCACAGCACACCUCGAAUCCGGCCGCGCUAGCCGAAUCACGACCAGCCUACCUUAGUCAACCACAACACCAGACUGGGUGGUCUCAACAUCAAAACCACAACCAUUCACCACUGAGUACAUACACAGCAGAUCAGCUUCCACCUCUCGCUGAUCUUGCACGUCCUGAACCUCACUCAACACCUCAGAGACAAGCGUACGCUAACACUUCACAAAGUGAGAUGUCACGACCACCACCACAAUCGCAUGCCGCAAGUCUGCCGCCGACUACAAUGGCUGGACCACCUCAAUGGCAACAACAACAACAACAACCACCACCUCAACCUCCACCUCAGCCACCUCAAGCAGCUUAUCAAGCUACACCACCACAACAACAGGAAUAUGCCUCUCGACCUCCAUACCCUCCACGUAUCAAUACCACUCAGCCACAAUAUGGUCCAGAAAGUGGGAAGAUGCAGACUGCCAACACAGCCACGACGGCAAGCGCAGCCUACUCGUCCUACGACUCAAAGCCAGGUUCUCGAGUGUUCCUAAACGAGGACGUAGAGCGCAGCAAGAUGCUUCGUGGUGCACCCUACAACUACUUCGACGCUACCUUGAAAGGAGAAAGACAGCGCUGUGCCAAUGCUCUUCUUCGUUACAACAAUGCUUGUCAACUUGGUUCCGGUAUUUCAGAGACCGAAACCCAAGCCAUGCUCCAGAAAGUGUUCGAUCCCAAGCUGGACACAACCUUCAACUCUUCUGCGGCUCCUCGCGUCGAGGGUCAUUUAGGUCCUGGCGUCAAGAUCGAGCCUGGCUUCCGCUGCACCUAUGGCUACAACAUACGUAUCUUCGACAACGUCUUCAUCGGCGAAAGCACGCGCAUCGACGACUCUGCCAAGGUCGACAUUGGUGCUCGUACCUGGAUUGGUGCCAACGUUACUAUCCUAACAAACGACGUUGCCAAGGACAUGGUACACCGCAAAGGCACAGACGGUCAGCAAUGCACUGCCAGGUCCGUAAUCAUCGGCGCAGAGGUCGUGAUUGGAACAGGCGCAGUCAUUCUUCCUGGCAUCAAACUUGGUAGAGGCUGCACAGUAGAGCCGUUCGCCCAUGUUAGAACGGACCUAGCAGAUUUCUCCACUCAGAGAGUCUUCUGUGGCCCGCAAGUCCCCCUUGGUGUCAAUUAUUGA